AAAUUUGCUACAUCAUUUGAAGGCUGAAUGCCAUGCAUAACGGCGACGUGAUCCUCCUCGUGAAUUCUUUAGUAUCAUCCUGCUUCUACAUGCUAGUAUUAUAUAAAAAAUAACGGGCGAUUAUCUUUUAGUUCCAGACGAUGAUUCAAUUUUGUUCAAGUUUUUGUAAAAGACCCCACUCAACUGCAUGCGUGUUUGGUAAAAGAAAACAUUGACUUUGACCAUUUUUGUACAAUUAAAUAUUGUUGUUUACUUUACGUCCAGGAAAUGAAGGCUACAUACGUUUUUCACGCAGAAACAACCUAACGUUACUUAGUCAUCCAUGCAUUGCAAUCCCAGUUGAACAAUUAUGGUCACCCAUUCAAACCGUUCAGAAAUCAUAUUUCCAAGAAUGGCUAUCUUCAGUCAUGGUCUCACCCCUGCAGAUAAUGACCGAUCGAGCCAAUCACAUCAGCGUCGCCAUGAUUGAAGACGUCACGUCCACCAACGGGACGCCCAGGAUCAAAGUCAUAACCAGCAGCACCAUGGUGGAGCUGAACAAGCUGCAGCCCCGGGGCUCCACGGUCAGUUUCCACAGCAUCCAGUACAAGGUGAAGCUGAAGACUGGACCGCUCUGCAAGAGGAAGAACACUGCCAGGGAGAUACUGGUGGACCUCAAUGGCAUCAUGAGACCGGGUCUAAAUGCCAUUCUAGGACCCACUGGAAGUGGAAAGUCCUCGUUCCUGGAUGUUCUAGCAGCCAGGAAGGACCCCUCUGGUCUCUCAGGGGAGGUGCUGAUCGACGGGGCGCCACAACCACCCAACUUCAAGUGCCUCUCCGGCUAUGUUGUCCAGGACGACGUGGUGAUGGGGACUCUGACGGUGAGGGAGAACCUGCGAUUCUCUGCAGCGCUGCGUCUGCCCCGCUCCGUGCCCCAGAAAGAGAAGGAGGCCAGGGUCAACGACCUCAUCACCGAGCUAGGCCUCACCAAGGUGGCCGACGCUAAGGUUGGUACCCAGAUGAUCCGGGGGAUCUCUGGAGGGGAGAGGAAGAGGACCAACAUCGGCAUGGAGCUCAUCAUCGACCCCUCUGUUCUCUUCUUGGAUGAACCCACCACGGGCCUGGACGCUAGCACCGCUAACUCUGUCCUGCUGCUGCUCAAAAGAAUGGCCAAUCAGGGACGCACCAUCAUCAUGUCCAUCCACCAACCGCGUUACUCCAUCUACCGGCUGUUCGACUCCCUGACCCUGCUAGUUAGCGGCAAACAGGUGUACCAUGGGCCGGCCCAGAAUGCACUGGACUAUUUUGCCGACAUAGGUUACGCCUGCGAGGCCCACAACAACCCAGCCGACUUCUUCCUAGACGUCAUCAACGGAGAUUCUACUGCCACUGCUAUGAACAAGAUUCAGGGAGAAGACAUUGACUUUGAGGAGCUGAGUGGCUCCAGGCAGACCAUCGAGGAGCGUCUAGUGGAGGAGUACAGGAACUGCUCCUACUUCAGAGACACCCAGGUCGAGCUGGAGAGGAUCACCCAGGGAAAGCAGUACACCACCAAGCCCACGUCCCGUACCAUCACCUACAACAGCUCCUUCUUCACCCAGCUCCACUGGGUCCUAGGCAGAACCUUCCGGAACCUGGCGCUGAACCCCCAGACCUCCGUCGCACAGCUGGGAGUCACCAUUUUUCUGGCUCUUAUUGUGGGCGCCAUUUUCUUCGGGGUGAAGGACGACCAGAGUGGAAUACAGAACAGGAUUGGUGCUCUUUUCUUCAUCACCACCAACCAAUGUUUCAGCACGCUGUCCGCUGCCGAACUCUUCAUCACAGAGAGGAAGCUGUUUGUCCAUGAGUACAUCAGCGGGUAUUACAGAGUCUCGGUCUACUUCCUGUCCAAGAUCCUGUCUGACAUCAUCACCCUGCGCACCAUCCCCGCCAUCAUCUUCAGCUGCGUGGCCUACUUCAUGAUAGGUUUCAAAACCACUCCGGCAGCCUUCUUCAUCUUCAUGUUCACCGUGACCCUGGUGGCCUACACAGCCACCGCCAUGACCAUGGCCAUCUCUGCCGACCAGAGUGUGGUGGCAAUGGCCAACAUCUUCAUGACCAUCAGCUUCGUCUUCAUGAUGAUCUUCUCAGGUCUGCUGGUGAACCUGCCCAGUAUCAUGAACUGGCUGGCCUGGUUGAAGUACCUCAGUAUCCCUCGCUACGGUCUAACUGCCCUGGAGAUCAACGAGUUUGUGGGGCUGAAGUUCUGUGAGGACCCUGCCAUUCACACCACCAUGUCUCCUGCCUCUGGCAUGAUGACCAACUGUAGUAUGAACACUACUCACGCUCUCGGGAUGUGCACAGGGGAACAAUACCUGGACUACCUAGGAAUAGAAUACACUACAUGGGGCCUAUGGGAAAACCACGUUGCCUUGGCGAUAAUGACACUAAUUUUCCUGGUCAUUGCGUAUCUGAAGCUGCGGUUUAUUAAGAAGUUCACAUAAGAAGUGUCUUACUUUGCCUUACAAUUCACUCCUCUGUGGUUAUAUCAAUGACAAACUGCCAGUAGUUUCUCUCUCCAUACACAUGAAGCAGUGUGCCUAUGGUUUGCACUGAGACAGGUUAAAUGGGUAGUUCAGCCAAAUUACAUAUUCACAUUCAUUUCCUGGACAAGUGGAGACUGCAAUCCACGCUUUGGCUUUGCUGAACUAGCUACACUAGCACUGUAAAUGAGUAAUUUGUCUGAACUGUCACUUUAACGUUCAAUAUCUAUGCAUGAAUGUACGUUUUCACCACAUGAAUAUUAAUGUGGAAUCUCUGCCCUCCAGUAGCCAUUGUUCUCAUGUUGACUGCUGUGUUUAUUUAGUAGCAUUUGUUCCAGUCUAGUACGAGACUAUGCCUUGGAAUUUAGUUAAUCGUUUCUAUUUAUAGAGGAACUGAACUCAUUUAUUUGAAAAAUUAUGUUGAAUUAUGUUUAUAUGUAAAAAAUUAUGAAUGACUUUUAUUAGUGCUUUUUUUGUGUGUAAUCAUUGAAGUGUUUGUUUCUAUUGUGUUUAUUACCUUUAUCUAUACUAGUUUUUGGAAACAAUGCUUUUAUAAACAUUUUCAUGUAACUGCGAGUGGUAAUUAUGUACCUACCAACGAUGUAUAGCCAAAAUCAAUGAUACCAACGUGGUUCCAAUGGACCAUAUGCAAUAAAUGCCUGACUCCUUGAACACA